UUACAAUCUCUUCAUUUCAUCUCAACCCCUUUAUUACCCAUCGAUUGAUUACACCUUUUUUUUUUCUUUCUUUAAAAAAUAUUAUCCACAAAACAACAAUGGAAGAAGCUUUCACUAGGCUAAACGGUACAAAUAUUACCAACACCAAUGUCCUAAACCUAACUUCCGAAUCUGACCAAAUUACCCCUAACAAGAAAUACCCCACCACCAACAACAAGAGGUCGUUGAGAGAAAGCUCUACUACUACCGGAGCAGCAGCUGCCGGCGGCGGCGGUGGAACAAUGCGUUACCGAGGAGUUAGAAGGAGGCCGUGGGGCCGUUACGCCGCCGAAAUAAGGGACCCACAAUCUAAGGAGAGACGUUGGCUUGGGACAUUCGAUACGGCUGAGGAAGCUGCUUGUGCUUAUGACUGUGCUGCUAGAGCUAUGCGUGGACUCAAGGCAAGGACUAAUUUUGUUUACCCUUCUUCUCCUCCACCACAACCACCUCCGCCGCAACUUUCCUCCGACCACCACCUCCACCACCACCACAGUCUCUACUCUCCUCCCUUCAACUUCACCAAACACUCUCUUAAGAGCCAGUUCAUCAUGGGUUGUAAUACUACUCCUCAAGCUCAAACUCAAACUCCUCUUCAGUUUUCUUCAAACUGGUCAUCAUCAUCACGUUUUCCACACUCUUCUUCUAAUGUUGACUUUUCUGCUGGUCAAAGAAACAAUGGUAAUAAUAAUAAUAAUACUACUACUACUUCUUCUCCAAUGAACCACAUGCAACUCUUUCUUCGUGACCAUUUCAACUACUCUCCACAUAAUCACUUUCCUUCAUCAUCAUCAUCAUCAACAACUUCUUCUUCUUCUUCUUCUUGUUAUUCAACCCUAACUACCACUAUGGUCAACUCAUCAUCAGAAAUAAUACCUUCUUCAAUCACUAAUAAUUCCACCAAAACCACCUUUACUACUCAACAAGACAAUAAUAAUAAUAAUUAUUAUGAACCGGAAUCAUUCUUUCCAAAAGAGGAAUCCGAUUCCGGUCUUUUAGAAGAGGUCAUUCAACGUUUCUUCCCAAAAUCCUCAAAGAAGUACUACUCCAACAACAACAACAACAACAACAACAACAACGAGUCUCUUCCCAAAUCUUCGGACACUGUUACUGAUGGUAGUUAUAACGGUAACCCUAUAUUUUCGGGGUCUCAAGUAGUGACAGCUGGGAUCAAAACUGAUUAUAACCAACAAUACAACAAUAAUCUCAUGGCUACCGGUUGUUGUGGUUUCGAUUACCAACAAAACCCCAACAAUAACAUUCCUCUCGUUUCAUCAUCUCAAACGGUGCCGUUUGGUAUCAAUAGUAAUAUUAAUAAUAGUAAUAAUGAUGCUGAGUUGAACUUCCACCAGUUUGGUCAAGAUCAGUCUAUUUUCAUGGAUGAUAUUUUCCAGUUUCCAGAGCUUGUUACUGCCUUUGCUACCAGGACCCUACAAAAUGCUUAAAUUACUAUGUAUGUUCAACUUUAAAUAUAUAUUUGGUUUUUAGGGUUUUUCUUUUUUCAGCUCAUGAUAAAACUUUGAUUUGUAGUACUUAACUUUCUAGUAUUUGUACUUAUGCAACUUUUUAUAUAUAUAAUUAUUUUUGUUA